UGCUGCCGCCGCCCCGCCGCGGCGGGGGCUCGGCCUCACUGCCUGACUGGAAAUUGCCGCCGGCCGUGUUCAGCAGAGGCGAGCUCGCACCGCUUUGGUGCAAGCUACUGUAUUUUUUCAUUUUUUUAUUUUUCUUGAGUCUCAUUCUUUCCGCGCCUUCCCGCGCAGGCGUCCCUGCGAGCUGGUGGGGCCCUUGAACGUUAGGGCGUCGCAAAGAAGCGGGCGGGGGGCGGGGCGGGUCCUUUGGGCCGAGCGGUCGCAGCCGGUGCCCGCCCCGGCCCGCCAUGUACUACAGGUUCAGCGGCUUCACGCAGCGCCUGGUCGGGGCCACGGCGGCCGCCGCCUACUCCCCACAGGGACUCAAACCAUUAGUUCCCACCAUUGAAUCCCCAGAUCUGAUUUUUGGGACAAGUAAACCUGCUCCAGGUUUACCAGCAGCUGAUCCUUUCUUGAGUACAAACAAGGUGCCAAACCUACAGAAAGUUUUUCAGUCUGACUUGAGAUCAGAUGGACUGCCAGUACACCUGAAGCUAGGAUAUCCAGACAGGAUGCUCUAUCGGACCACGAUGGCUCUGACAAUAGGAGGAUCUAUCUACUGUCUGGUAGCAUUGUUCUUUGCCUCACGGCCAAAGAAAGAAAAAUAAAUGAAACCACACCUCAUGGGACUCUCAGCACUCCUCUGAAGGAUCUCCUGCAUGUGCCACGUUGCACUUAAAUCUGUUCCCUGUGAUCACAUAGGGUUCAUUAUUCAGAUCGGAUUUGUUGGAGAAAAUGUUUUUAAAUCGGUUGCCUUAUGUAUUCUAAAACACCAAUAUAAACAGAGAAAUACAGUAUUUUAACAUA